UCGACUGAGAAACACGGGGGGAAAUACUCAAAUUCCCUGUAACUCAUUCUUGACUUUGACAGACACAACAAUAGAGAAAUUGUUUAAGUGAACGGUGCUCAAGCCGUCGAAAUUCAGGAUAUAAAUUUGUCUAGUCGAUUUUUUAUUGUUGAUAAUGGAUGAUCGAAGUGAAAUAGCUCAGGAUGGUCCCGCCGGCAUGGACCCCGAGGGUGUCAUCGAGUCCACCUGGCAUGAGGUGUACGACAACUUCGAUGACAUGAACUUGCGUGAGGAGCUGCUGCGCGGCAUCUACGGUUAUGGUUUCGAGAAGCCGUCUGCCAUCCAGCAGCGCGCCAUCAUUCCUUGCGUUAAGGGUCGCGAUGUCAUUGCCCAGGCGCAGUCGGGAACUGGCAAGACUGCCACCUUCUCGAUCGCCAUCCUUCAGCAGAUCGACACGUCCAUUCGCGAGUGCCAGGCUCUGAUCCUGGCCCCAACUCGCGAGCUGGCCACGCAGAUCCAGCGCGUAGUGAUGGCGCUGGGCGAGUACAUGAAGGUACACUCGCACGCCUGCAUUGGCGGCACUAACGUGCGCGAGGAUGCACGCAUUCUGGAGUCUGGCUGCCAUGUGGUGGUUGGAACACCCGGUCGUGUCUAUGACAUGAUCAAUCGCAAGGUGCUACGCACGCAGUACAUCAAACUGUUCGUUCUGGAUGAGGCGGACGAGAUGUUGUCGCGCGGUUUCAAAGACCAAAUCCAGGAUGUGUUCAAGAUGCUGCCACCCGAUGUGCAGGUCAUUCUGCUAUCCGCUACCAUGCCCCCAGAUGUCCUGGAGGUGAGCCGUUGCUUCAUGCGUGAGCCCGUCAGCAUUCUGGUGAAGAAGGAGGAGCUGACACUCGAGGGUAUCAAGCAGUUCUACGUCAAUGUGAAGCAGGAGAACUGGAAGCUAGGAACCCUAUGCGACUUAUACGACACCCUGUCCAUCACCCAGUCGGUUAUCUUCUGCAACACCCGUCGUAAGGUGGACCAGUUGACCCAGGAGAUGUCUAGCCACAACUUCACCGUCUCGGCCAUGCACGGCGAUAUGGAGCAGCGCGAUCGCGAGGUCAUCAUGAAACAAUUCCGUUCAGGCUCAUCUCGUGUCCUGAUUACCACUGAUUUAUUGGCGCGCGGUAUUGAUGUGCAGCAGGUGUCGUUGGUCAUCAACUAUGACCUGCCCUCCAACCGCGAAAACUAUAUUCAUAGAAUCGGUCGCGGUGGUCGAUUCGGUCGCAAGGGUGUUGCGAUCAACUUCAUCACCGAUGAUGAUCGACGAAUCCUUAAGGAUAUUGAACAAUUCUACCACACAACUAUUGAGGAAAUGCCUGCUAAUAUUGCCGAUUUGAUUUAAAUUUUUCUGUUGAGCCGCAAAAACAACUACGAAUUCUAAAUAAUAAACAAAAAAAGUGAGUGAGCAAAAAAAUAAGAACAGCUACCAAGAACUGCGAAUUCGAUAACGGAGCGCAAAAUAUUAAAACUUAUUCAAAGAUUCAAAGAGCAAAGCAUUAAAGUCAAGUUAAAUAUUUAUUCAAACCAUCAAUUUAAAAAGGCAGAAGCAGCGAGCGACCAACAACACGGACUAGAAACGGGCACGGGCAUCGGGCAACAACACCAUCCUUGGCAGCCAUGGCAGCAGCAGCAUCAACAUCAAGUCUCUGGAGGAAACAACAUCUCGCCAAACAGAAACAGCAGCCGCAGCCGCAGGCGCCGCCACUACCCUGUAUUCAUUUAGUUCCUCCUUGUGUAACAUCAAUUUUAAAACUGCGUCGUCAACCAGCAACAACAAAUAUAUACAAAUAUAUACAAAAACCAUUUGCAUCUAUCUAAAAAGAACGUAAUAUCUAAACCCAAGUGCACCCAAGACGGAGUCCACUUGCUAAAACGGGUUGACAACUUAUAGCAAAAGCCACACCAUCAACCAUCUUUUUGCCACACCUUUGUUUUAGCUUUUUCUAGAACUAUUGAUAAAAUAUAUUAAAAACAACACAAACUA